AUGGACAACAUCCACGCACCCACCGUGCCGUCGGGCGAGUCGUCACGGCCUCUCGCCAACGGCAAUGCGGCCCAUCUCUCGUUCGCGGAGCUCCAGGCCAAGAAGGACAAUAUGGAGGCCGAACUCAAGGCACUCAGCGGAGUUCUCGAUUCGCACGGAGUCAACAUGGACACGCCGCUUACGACGGCGGACGGGUUUCCCCGGGCAGACAUCGACGUUGCGCAGAUCCGAACCACCCGGUCCCGCAUUAUCUACCUCCGGAACGACUACAAGGACCUCAUGAACACGAUAGAAAAAUAUCUGCACGAGCACUUUGCCAGUCUCAAAGACACCGAAGAUGCUGCGCCAACGGCGACAAGCGCCGCAACGAUGAUGGGCGACUCGAUUCCAGAGACCCUCGACGAACCCUUUGCCCGAGUCAACAGCGUUGCAGCCAAUAGCCCGGCCGAGUCUGCCGGGCUCAAGGCGGGCGACGAGAUCCGCAACUUCGGCUAUGUGAACAAGGCUAACAACGACGGCCUGAAGAAGGUGGCUGAGUGCGUCCAGGGCAAUCAGGGACAACGAGUGCUUGUCAAGGUAUCGCGACGCUCAGACGGCGGACAGCGACAAGAGUUGCGACUCAACUUGGUCCCUCGUUCUGAUUGGGGUGGCCGAGGACUGUUGGGAUGCCACAUCCUCCCAAUGUGA